CUAUAUAUAAAAUAAAAUCGGAAAGACCAAAAAAAAUUGAGGAACUAAAUAAUCUUGUUAGCCGGAAGGACAAGCAAAUCAUGAGCAGCGGUGCCAACAAUUUCCGGCCGACGCUCCGGAAUCGGCAGCUUGAACUGGACUAUGAUGGCUAUACUGCUGGCCAUAUUGAGCCAAACCGGGUGCGCCCUAUUCCCAUGUUUCCAAGGUCCCUGACCUUCCAAGUUACUCCUCAUGAUGUCAGAGCCGGCACGCGGCCUCCCUCGCAAUCAUUCGACGAGAGAAGGAUAACAGGACCGUCUGGAAUGUCUAGCAUUCCCGGACCAACUCUCUCUUCAAUGCAAAUUGUAGUCCUAGACAACAACAAUAUGAGAAGGGAAGCAAACCCCAGGCCGAGACAAAUCAUCCAGAAUAAUGGCCUUUCAAGAUUAACAGGACAACAAAAUCGGCCAGUUCCAACACUGGCAGACGACUCCAGAUUGACCCAAGAUGAGCAAAACAAGGCAUUGAAAAUGCUCAAGAAAGAAACCUACAAUCCUACUGCGAAGGCAAUAACAAAGAGAUUGAGCUUUUAUUACAAAAAUAAUGCCAAAAGUAGUCUUUUGAAUGAGUUGGAAAAGUUGAAAGAUGAAGAUGCUAAGAGCUGUGCUAUUUGCCUGGAUGAUUUUGAGCCAAGACAAGAGGUGGUCAUAACCCCAUGCAACCACAUGUUCCACGAGGACUGCAUCAUGCCGUGGGUGAAGAGCCAUGGUCAGUGUCCCGUUUGUCGCUAUGCCUUCUGCGAGAGAAUGGAAACUUCACCCAACUUGAACAACACUAACAUUGCAAAUGUGGGUGCAGCCAAUGAUCUUUUUGCAGGAGAGUUGCUUUCGAUAAUAAGGGCACUUGAGGAUGUCUUUGAAUGGGGCAAUCCUACUGUCCGCUAAUUAAUAAUGCCAACUUGGACCUUUGUUAAGUACCCAUCAUGUAUUGGUCGGUCAUGUUUUUCUAGUUAUUUAUCAGUACGUACUGCCUGAUUCGAUUUCCUUUUUAAUUGCCUGUUUAUAUGCUCGAUCGUGACAAUGUGGAGGUUAAUACUCCUAAAGUUAAUUGCAUACAUAUAUGUUUUUUCUUUUUC